AUGAGGAUGAUCGAGAGCGUUGACUCCGUGGUCGCCAGGUCCGGUGAAGACCUCUGGGCUGAAAUCUGCUCGUGUCUGCCCCAUCCCGAGCAGAAGGAUGCCAGCGAUGCCUUCACAGACUCCUUCAUGGACUCCUACAGCAGCGGCGGCGGCCAGGGCAGCGGAGCCGGGGGCUCUUCCCAAGCAAACGCGAGGCCCUGGGCACCCCUGCACGAUUCAGAAGUGUAUUUAGCGUCCCUGGAGCGAAGACUGAUGAGAAUCAAAGGCUUGUCUCAGGAGGUGACCUCCAAAGACAUGCUGCGCACUCUCUCCCAGGCCAAGAAGGAAUGUUGGGACAGGUUCCUGCAGGAGAAGUUUGAGUCGGAAUUCUAUGUAGAGGGGCACGACUCUGAUGAGAGGUAA